AUGAACACAUUUGAGCGGCGCGAUUUUGAUAGUAUUCGACCUGUACUGGCUUCAGGAGCAUUUUUUGUAUUUAUUUUCACAUUUCAGUUUUACAGGUGAGUCUAUCGGUCUGUAACUGGAUUGAUGAUUCUUUGAUUCUACAUUUUUUAUCUGCGCAAUCAAAUAGCUUAAUUAAAUAACUCUUAAUGUAUGGGAUUAUACGGAAAUAUUGCCAAGAAAAUUUUCUAUAUAGUAGCUCUUCAUUCAUCAUGAACUGAAAAUUGAAAUUAAUGAAAUGUCCAUAUUUAUACCGCGCGCACCGGUACAUACCAUACAUAUAAGCUUAAAGUAAAAUAUAAAUUGACGAUACAAUCCACGAAGAUAUUUGUCUUUUAAACGUAAGUUGGACCAAGCAUUUUUUUCCAGUUUGAAGCUGACAGAUUAACAAAUGAUGAGCACCAUUGACUUAUCGACUAGCUUUCUGAUGAUCAAUUUCGAUCGACACGUAAGGUCCUGUGUUAGUCUGCACCGAGCGCUGCGACUUUAUGACCUCUUGCAGUCAUACUUAGUUCAAGGCAGGAUGGGAAGGUAGCACGGGGGGAUAUCAUGCUCAAUCCAAGUUUGGAUGGGUUGAGAAAGUAUGGGCUGUUAAGUCACAAACAAGCUUAAAUGGAAGGAAUGAUCAUUUCCUAUAGUUAUAGUCUGGGUUAGAAUGGGAGAGGACUUUUGGAGUAAUCACAAUUUAUCCAAGUUUGGAUGCAUGAAGGAUUUCAUUCAAGUUUUGAUUGAAGCGGUGGGUGGUUUCUAAUAUACUGAAUAAAAUGUUGAUAGUUUUUCUGUUAAAAUUACUGAAAUUUAGUUCAUAUUACAAAGAUUUUCGUUUUACUUUAUGUCAAUAACUUUCUCAAAUGUUUACAUGAGUGAAGGACAGCUGUCUUGUACAGCCCCAGCUUGAGUGGAGGGGCGGGAAGGAAGGGCAUGGGGGAGGUAAGGGUCAUCUUCUGAAGUUCAAUCUGAGUGCAACUGAGUUCAGUUCAGCUGAGUUCAGUUCAGUUCAGUUGUGAUAGCAGACACUAGUCUAUCUACUCUAGCUAAGUGUUCCUUUAAUUUAGACGUAUUUAUUUAGAUUGAAAGACAUGGUCGAUAGCUGAACUUAUAUUAAACUGAUCCAUAUGUUAAACACUUGUUAUUUUCUUUUCUCUUAGUUGUCCCACCUUACUCAUUGGAAUAUGGGUUGUUGCCUUUGGUGUUGCAGUAGGAUUUGUUGUAUUUAGGUAAGUUACAUGAAGAAGACUAAGUUUUAUGUAGUCAACGGUCAUGUCUAUUUACCUUGAUCCUCAGAUUAUCUAUAUAUUUAAUGUACAUAUGUGUAAGAAUACUUUUAAGGAAUAACAGUUAGGUCAUUGUGAAAAAGGAGUAGUUUUAGGUUACCGGGUAAUUAUUAAAUUUUUUGAUUGAAAAUUGUUUUUAGCAAUGUAUAUAAUUAAAUUACUAAAUGAAAGUUGGUUCUCACUUCUUUGCUUCGGUGUCUCUCUGGAUAUUUUUUGUGCUACAGUGUGGGAAUGUGCAAGACAUGAAAUUUAUACGUACACGUAGCAGAUAUUAUUAACCCAAAAAGACUUCUUUCAUAAUGGAGGACUAUUAAUAUAAUCUUUUACAUCAGACCAGAAAGGCUCAUUUAUAUUCACAUGAAAGAAAAAAUAAAUGGGCCACCACUAUGAAAGAGGUCUAUGAUCUGGGCCAGCAUUAUUUUUAUGACUGGGUUGUUUAGCCAAGCAAAUUUGUUCUCUUUACUUAGCUGUUGUUCAGUUCUGCCAUCUUUUUUAUUACACUGGGGCCCUCGAAAAAGAGUAAGUAAACCAAACAAGUCUUCAAAAUUAAUUUAAAUUCUUCAUGGUGUUUUUUUUUUCUUCUUCUUCGUCUUCUGAUGCUGCUGUUCCUCCUUCUCAAAUGAGUGUUUCUCCAGUUCAGAAAUGUAUUUUGCAGAGAAGUUUUCUUGGUGGAUCCAAGUCAAAGAAAAAUGAAAAAAUAAGCUGCUCUAAGCAAAUUUCUUCAAACCAAGAAAAUUUGAAAGGAUACAACAAAUAUUCUAGAUUUUUAUUCAUUUCUUACUAGAAUAAUGAAGAUCUUGAUCAGCAACAAAGAGUUGUUUCAGGGACAUGUACUAUUUGUGGAAACCACAAAUGUCAACGUCAUAGGUGAGAAAUGUAUUUCUUGAUAAUUUUGUUACAUUAUGUUUUGUAUCUUUUUUCCAUUUAAAACAAUCCACAACAGGGACAACAGUGUGAAACAAAUCCAUAUUAUAAGAAAUGAAUCAAACACAAUUCCUCUGUAUUACAAAAGUGACUUUUGUUUGUACACGUAUUUAACCCUAUCAUGCAGUAUAUGCAACAACUUUUGAUAAUUCAUUUGUGGUUAAUAAUAAAGCCUGGUAUUGUAGAACAAUGAUAAUAAAAAAUAAAACAUGAAAACCAUCUAAGAAUGGAGUAAAGAUGAUGUAUUGCAUUUAUUUGCACAAACAUAAUUAUAAAUAAUCACAUGCCACUGACAGCAUGACACAGUAGAAGGAGAAUUAAUUCAAUUAAGUACUAUAUGUUGUCCAAUAGUUAUUGUUAUUAAAAAUUGUACUCAAUGUCUUUCUUUUUAUGGGAAGGAAAGGCCCACCUACAGCUAAUUUUAGAAAAUUUUCAGCACAAUCUACAGAUUAGUUUGUUAAUUAAUCACUAAUCUGUAGGUUGUGCAUCAAGUUAAAUGUAUGAUUUCCAAGAGAAAUAUCACAAAGAGACUGUGUUCAGUGCAGCAAUUAUGUGUUUGUUGUUAUUUUUUAUAUCAGUGUAUUAUGAAUCAAUCAGUAGAUUUAGUUUAAAACUAUUAUCUAGAGUAAGGAAAGUGUUAUCAGCUAGCGCCAUUUCUGCUUGGCUGAAAACACUUAUCUCGACCUUGAUCAUGUUCCUGGAUCACAAAAACCUUAUCCAAUAAUAAUUAUUGUAAUAAAUUGUUUAUAAAAGGAAAAGAAUAAUUUUGAGCCCUCAAGCUGAGUAAGAUGAACUUUUUCUUUAUUUUCCCCACAAUAAGACCAGAAAUUUCAAGGGCAAAGCUCAAGGUAAGUUUUGUAAACAGAAAGUAUUUCAGUUCCAGUAUAUUCCUUUAAUAUUAAGCAAUCCUGUUACCAUGGAGCUACAUUAAUAAUUUUGUUGAAUUGUUGUUCAGUCAAUGCAGUGAAACCAGCAUUCUUGAACAGCCUUUUUAUGUAAGAGAAAGGAAAGCAAGGACUAAAUGAGCAUCCUAAAAAUGUAAUAGGGAUCCGCUUACCCUAACUAUGGUCAUUGCACCACCUGGGACCUACCUUAUAAAAAAGCAAAAUUAUUUUCCACCACACUAUAAAGAACACCCUACAGCUGUAGUUCAUUGAGGGGUGCGAUGUACAUUGUAGCGUGACCCAAAUAAAUUGCAGAUACCUAAAAUCCUAUAAGCCACCUACAUAGAACUGUCUAUAUCAGUAUGCCGAUAAUUUUUCAAAAACUGAUUUUUUUUCAUAAUUUUUUUUUAAUUUUAAGACAAGCGUUUGAGUCAGCCUUUGAAAGUCAAACGUCAAAUUGCUUAAUAUACAUGUAUUUUGCCUAUAUUCCAUUUGCACAAGCUUAUUUCCAGCUACAUUUUUAAUGUUCCUUUUCAACAAUAUUACCAUACUCUACAUUUCUUAUCCUAGCCAUGGGAGGAUCUCCUCAUCCCAGAAUCAGUGGACAGUGCCUUGCAAGAGGUCUGAUUUUACUCAGACAAUUUUUUCGAAAUUAAAUAUUCAGUGAUAUUUUUUAAAGUAUGAUAAGUAAUUUUUAGAUGUGAGAGUAAGUUGGCAUUGACAGUGCCAUCCAUGAAUGAAAUGAUAAACGAUUUUUCUUAUUUUACUUUUUUUCAGUUUCUUAGUCUUCUUCAGAACUAUAUCUACAAUUGGUACAGGUUAGUCAGUUAUAAAAAUAGGAAAAAUACACACAAUAUAAAAUUUUGGGUGACAUAACAUAACUAUAAACUAGUUAUAGUGACAAGACUCUGGCUUUGGGAGACAAAACUUCACUUGAUAUGACUUUGUUACCUUAAUUAAUAAUUGCCUUUUCUUAUAACAAACACUGUCUACCACUGUUUAGGGAAUUAAGCUGUAGUGAAACUUGUAUUGAUGAAAUCCGCACAAGCAUCAGAUAUAUGGCAGCUGUGCUUAUAAAAAGGAUAUGUAAGGUAAAGCAGCCUUUCAUUUUGAGAUGAAAUAAUGAAAUAGUGUAUGUCAAGGUAUCAAAUGACUUUGAGAUCAAUUUGGAAUUUUUCGUUUGCCCAAGAUUUUUUUUCAAAAAGUAUCAAAAUUGCAAUUUGAGCUUUUUGAAAAAACAUACGAGUGCUAAUGAAUUCCAAAUUGAAGGAGAAAAGUUGUGAUUAACCCUUAAGAAUAUAUACAUGAAAACAUUUACCUGUCAAAAUUACAGGGUAUUGGAAUCUGUUUAUAUUGGCUACCGUUGAGAUCCCAGAAAAUCCUUGUUUUUGCACUGUUUGUACUAAAACCUGCAUUGGUCUCAGCCAAUCAGAUUCAAUUAUUAUUUUUUUGUGGUAUAUUAUUAGCAUAGAAAAGCUGAAUACCAACAGGACUUGUGUUUUGAAUAUAUUAUUAAACUAUGACUUUGCAUUUAACAUAGGGCAAUCAAACUUGAUUUAUUGUGACAAAAUUGUAACGAAAUGGGGAACGUCUUGUGCAUUUUUAUGACUCUAUCCAAAAUUAGUCAGGUCAUUAGUGCUUUCGAGUUAAUUAUGUAUUAUAUAUAAAAAUGUACCAGAAAUGAUUCAGUCACUCUUGUAGCUGUACGACUGUGAAGUAGGUUAUGGCUCCAGUUUAGUAUGAAUACAUGAAUGUAAAUCCCUUUUGUCAGAUAUUGAAAUUGAACUGCUAAUGUAAUGCAUGUAUGCUGAUACAGGGGAAAAUGUUCUUUAUUUAUGGUGUUGCUUUAAUACUUUGCAGAUCGACAUUCCAACUCUAGUCACAGAAAAUUUGGGGAAAGAAGGAUUAAAGCAUUUAGAGACGUACCUUAGAGCCAAGGAAAAAGGUUACUUAAAAUACCAUCAUGAGUGUUGAUUUAGUGAUAUUUAAUAUUUAUACUCACUUUCUUUAUUUUUUAUGUUUAUUUGCCUAACAUCCCGGAAAUCGAUUUGAUUACAUGUACAAUUCAUGUAAUUUUAGGGCACUCAUGUUACGUUAAGUAAUGUUAACUUGAUAGCAGUCAGUGAGAAGGCAAGACUUUUAGACCUCCCUAGUAACAGUUUCAUCAGAGUGUGGCGGAGGAAAUAAAUUCAAAGCAAAUGGGCGGUAAUAAGCUUCUUGAGAGUUGGCAAGGAUGAAAAAAAUAACGUAUUGUCUUUUUUUAGUGUCAAUGUAUCAGGCAAAAACGUACUAUUAUUAUUGAGGACAUUAGUGGUCUGAUCGUGAAUGAUGUGACUCAAAAGAUUGAAAAUUUAGCAUUCAAAAUAAAAGUAAUCUGUAGUGAUCAACUUACCAUCUUUUUUCCUUGUACAGUAACAUUGUCACGUUCCACCAGUCUACAGACAGCUAUUCUAGAACAAUUUAAUCCCAGAAUGCACUGUGCACUGCAAAGCCGAUCAAUGGAACUUCAGUAUCUGAGAAAACUAUCAGAGAGCAUUCUCCCCUUUCUGUUACCUCCGAAUGCCUUGCGAUGCAGGUACGUUACAAGAAAGCAGUCUUGCUAUGAGCCAUCACUACUUCCGUACUUGUCCAUCUUAAGCGACGGUAAAACGGGCAACAAAACGUGCAACUUCAAUUAGGGUUUCUAACCACCUAUCCCUCCCCUGAGUCAGCAUUAACACUUCCUUCUCACUUAGGGCAAAAGUACGACCUAGGGGAGGGGCAGAUGGUCAGUAACCCAGAAACUUCAAUUGGUCCUUAAGGGAUAUCCAACUUGUUUUGGAGCAUUGCUACAAAAGGAGUUGAAUGGUGAUAUUUUGCGCCCGGCGUUUUCACGGCAUCCACGAGUCAAGCCUGUCUUGCAACAGAUCAAAUUGUUACAGGUUGUAAAACGCUGUUGCAAAAAGUAGAACUUCUCUCUACUUUCUGAAACAACUUUUCACAGCCUCCAACAACCUAAGUUGUUGAUUCGUAAGUGGUAAUUGAACUAAGACGCGCAAAAUCGCUUUUCAUCUCGUUUCGCAGCAGUGUCGCAAAACAAUAACUGGAGCAAGUUUGGUUGAUUUUUUUGUUAGGUCUUAUCCUUACCCCAGGAGGUUUUUUUCUCUAAAAAUUUCGUUUCUUCUUUCCUUGAAAUCGAUCUUUAAGUUUUAAUUUGAACGGACAAGGGAGAAUACUUGUAUUUUAGGUUUAAAAAGUUUCAUUUUUGCGUUUUUAAAUGCAUGCUUCAUGACCGAUUAUAUUUGUUUCGAAAAACGGCACCGUAAGAACGCGUUUUCAGUUUUCAAACCGGCACCAAAAACAUUUUUACUAAAAUAUCAACAAGGACAUCAACAGCAUAAGGUAAAGUUUCAUGAACUUUUAACUGUAAAAAUGGUAACCUUACGCUCUGAGCUGCUUUUCUUGGUUUUGUGAAUUUCUCUGUUGUUGGACCGUGGUUUUCUUUGUAGAAAUUGAGUCUACUGUUUCAUUCUAUUUCAGGAGCCUUGUAUCUUUGCUACGAGAGUUAUUAGCCAGUGCAGUCUUUUUAUCAGCAGCUGACAAACUUUCUGACCCUGUAAGUUGAAAAAAGAGACAAGAGUACGGAAUUGUGCUUUUAGAUUUUAGUGGCUUUAACCCUUUAGUACCCGGGGUGUUCAACAUAUAUAAUCAAGGGAAAGGUCGCUAUGACAAUAAGAUAUGUGAUCACCCAAAGGCUGGUUUUCACUAGUGAUGGAGUCGGAGUCGGGAUCAGAAGCGUAGAACUUUACGAUCUAGUUAAAACAGCGUUCUGACUCUUUUGAUUCCGCUUGCGACUCCGUCGUUUACGAUCAAGUAAAAACUGGGUCGUCGGAGUCGCAAAAAUCAAUCACAAAGCAUGGGAACGUGCAUUAUGAUUGGUUUAUCCUUCGCUUUUGCUUCCGAGUCCGACAAUCUUUGUUUUUACUAGAUCGUAAGCGACGGAGUCAUAAGCGGAGUCGGAAGAAAUGGAAACGUUCUGAUUCUUCGGACUCCGAUUCCUUCGCGCUUAUGACUGCUUACGACUUCGAUUUUUGAUUUUCACUGAAUCCGCAUAAGCGUGAAAACCAGCCUUUACGUAGUAUGCGUCAUGCUAGAAGUAUAUGAUGUAUGACAUCAUCGAAGCGGAAAAACUCCGUUUUCGUCCGUCCACACGUAAAUGAGAAGCCGGCGUUUUCAAAAAUCUCAACUCUGGAGAAAAAAAGAUGCGUUUUUUGGUGACUGUUUUCACGUUAUACGUGUGGACAGUAGGCCAAACCGAGGAAAAGUAUUCGUUCUCAAACAAAAACUGAUAUGUGUGAAGGGGGGCCUAAAACUCCCUAAACACCAAUGAAAUACCAGGUGAACUUUUGCGCGAAAACAUGGUAUCUUUAAACAUGAAAAGAUCAGCGUUGCUAUGGCUACUGGACGUAUGACUUUAAAGAAGUUUAUUUCUUCGUUUUAAUAAUUUAAUCUGACUUCUCAUUUCUUGAAAGGAUUUUGUUAACAACUUCCUCCUGAUAUUGUUGGACAAAGAACCAGUAAGUGGGCUGUUUUAGCAUUUCUUCGGUGCAUGCUAUUUCAAGUUACUAGACAUGAUGUUGUCAGCUUUUUUUUUUUGCUGCAGGAAAUAUUUUAUUCACCUGUUUACGGUUCUAACUCAUUCAAUAAUCGCGCGGCAACGUAGACUAGCUACAAGUCGACCUCUCAUAAGCGAAGUGAGUGAGAAAAAGCGAGCGAAGCGAGCUUCAACGAGGUCGCGCAGCGACCGAGCGAGCGACGAACGAAAAGCUUAUUAAACCGUGGAAAAGCUUUAUUUCACCUUAGAGCGCAUACCACUACUGAGAAGUGAGACAAGUUUCGCAUAACGAGAAUUUCACUGUUAUUCAGGACUGUCCAACCAAAUCAGUCUAUUCCUGAACAGUAUGUACGGCAGUGAUGGGCUUUUAGUAAAAACUCUCGAGAAAAGCUCAUUGUCCAAAUGGCUGGUCCGACCGGCCAGUUCUGAGUUUUGGACAGACUCACUGGAUAAGAGACCCCAGGAUACUUCGGAGAACGGACCUUUGGAGCCAUCAGUACUAUGUUAUAGACGGUCGAACAUGACUUAGACAUAUCAGUCUUUGCUGUUUUUGCCUGGCUCUUUGCUUUCCCGUUUAGACUCUUACUAAUGCGAUUAGAACUGCAAAAAGGUGUAAUAUUCUUUACCUUAAAACAUGUCCUUUAUUUAGAAAUUAGUAAGUUAACAUCUGAAUCUAACACCAGUUCUGACUUUUUUGCCCCACAGAUGGUGGCUUCCGAUGAGCCCCCGAGUCCUAAAGUUCCUCUACUAGCGAAGUUUGCCAAACCGCGAGUUCCACUUACAAACUCGGUAAGUUAAUAACUCCCUCCACAAGAGUUUCAUGAGAGUUAAAUCGUGCGCUGUAUAUCUGUUACUGACGUGCGACGUAAAGUUUUAUGAAGUUGGCUCAAGCUCUUCUUUUGUCAACAGCCUACGUUACAGUAGGGCCAUUUAUACGAGGAAAAAUAAGACGCGUCUUAAAUAAGACGCGAACUGUACCAUUUAUACGAGCUUGUCUUAUCUAAGACGAGAACAGCUCGUAUAAAUGGUUCGCGUCGUAUUUCUGUUCUUGACUCGUUUUCAUGUACAUGUUGCCCGUAGCAACGGCAAUCCAACGUGGCGCGCCAAAAAUUAACGCAUGCGUACUAUGCGUUCGCGUCUUAUGAAAGACGCGAAGGUCAUUUAUACGAAGUUUUUCUCGUCUUAGCUAAGACGCGCCUUAUCUAAGAACAGGUGUUAAGGGCUGUUCUAAAAUAAGACGCGUCUUAGCUAAGCCGCGUCUUAUUUUAGAAGAAAUGUGGCGUUUAUACGGAAAGUUCGCGUCUUAUGUAAGACGCGUCCUAUGUAAGACGCGUCUUAUUUUUCCUCGUAUAAAUGGCCCUAGUGUGUGCUUAUGUUCAUCUCGUUGUUUUAAUUUGCAGGCUCUUCAUUUGUCAAUAGCAGACAUUCUUCACGCACAAUCCGCCUUAUUUCCUUUCAUGCAGUUUAUGAAAAGUGAAGGAGCAUUGAACAUACUUCAGUUUUGCCUCACCGUUGGUAUGAUAAAAAAAUGUUCAAUGGAAGAAUCUCAUCCCAGUUGCAAAAAGAAAGCCUGAAAAAUUCAGGCUUGAAUAGGAUUCAAACUCUUGACCUCUGCAAUACCAGUGCAGAGCUCCGCCAGUUGAGCUAACAGGCCAACUGGGAACCUGAAUUUUGAAGGUCAGGCUUUCAUGUCGUAUCUCCAAUAGUUGCGUCUGUAUACUGCGAUGAUCUUCUUUCAUUUAACACCGAGACACACAUAGACACUGAGAUCAAAGAUUUCAAAAUGACAUAGAGAAUAUACUCUUCUUCGUCCAUUCUACUUUGUUCACGAUAAUGUCCUUUUAAUAAAGGCAUGGAAGACUUACCCUGAGAUCAGACUGUAUUUUUGUCUCACUUGGUAAAUAAAAUUUCGGUGGAAAGGGCGAAACGAAAACUGGCCUCAGCAGCUUAAACGUUUAAGACUAGUUAUUUCAGGCCCAAUUUUGGCACGACUACGUAAGACUGAUGAGAGAAGGCAUGAAAGCUGCUAACAUAAAAUUGGGCCUGAUCUCAGAUUAGGUAUACCUAAGAAAAUUUGUGUUUAUUAGACCAGUGAUUAGCGCUUUUCGCGCUCUUGAAUAUCAUCUGCUACUCACCUCUACUUCGGUGCUAUAUUUAUUAUUCCAGAGGACUUCAAUAAGAGAAUUUUCACCCCGGAAAUAACAAAAGAAGAAGAGGUUUUGCUCAUUAAAGAGGUAAAGUAGACUUUGCAUUAUAUUUUAGUACAGAAAUGACGACAAGGAAGGCUUGUUGUACUACGCUAUUUCGUUUAUCUGAUCUUCUACUAAAUUUUGUCACUACAUGUGCACGCCCAUCCUGUAAUUGUUGACUGAGAUGAUAUAUCUCAAAAAAUCAUAAAAGCUUUAGAUUUAGGGCUCAUAUCUUGUGAUGUUAGUUUUUAUUUUUAGUCACUCCUUACACUCAAGCCUUGUGAUCUCUCAGAGGAUUAGAAGACGUUCGCGUUUGUUCACUCUUCUCCGCAUUUUUUCGAUUAUUCGCCGCGUUUUUGUCAUGUUGGUUUUAGGACAGUCGCGCAGAGUUUUGUAAACUUGUGCGGCCAACAUCUUCACCUCAUUUUUUUGGGUAUUUUAAUUCCAGUGAGGUACAAAAUAGCUGAGACAUUUUCUUUACAGUAUUUCAAUUAAUUUGGGCGACUAAUGUAGUUUCACUUUUCUUCAACAGGUCAAAGAAAUCUUCCGUUCUUACUUUGACACCGCCGCAGUUGAUAGAAUAAACUUUGACGCAGAAAUCGUGAAAGAACUAAAAUCAUGUAAGUGAUUUAUACAGAACAACGCCUUUAAGCCUUCAAGCAAGCUCUCGGCUCGGGGACAAAUACAUCGAGGUGCAGGAGAGUUUGCUUGCAGCCUGAAUUGGAAUGAUUUCUCUGGAUAUAAUUCUCAGUGGGCCCCAAGCCAGUUAUAUCGGAUGUAACUGGCUUGAGAUAUGAAAGAAAAAAACGAUUUAUUGUCGUGAGAGGAGCAGAAAUUAGACCUCUCUAUAUGUCUAUAUUAAUUCGGCCAUUUUUCUUAAUCGGAGAAGGGAAACGCUCUGCCUUAGGGUUGAUUUCCACUGUCGCGUUUUUUUACUUGUGUACGCACGUAAAAAUUACGGAACAGUGGAAAUCAACCCUUAGUUACAAUUUGCCGAGAUAUCAUGAGUUUAAUGCAUCGCUACUUAUUUUCUCAGGCUAAACUGAUCAGGACGAUAAGCCGUGGCCUUUGCUUGAUUCUCUUUCCCGCAUGUUUGACUUUUUUGUUUUCUACUUUUAGUGGUAAAAUAAGCAGAAUUGAUGUCCCUGUGAUGAUGAAUUUCUGUAAAACCGACAUCGCUAUAAUAACCAUCUUCUAAAAUUCUUUCUGUUAAUUGUAGGUAUUAGGGGCAAUGUUGAUACGAUGGAACGAUUAAAAAUGGCAACGUUAUUAUCCAGGUAG